AUGCCCGAUAUCGCGGGAGAGUGGGUCCUUCACGAAAAGUCCGGUCUCGACCACACGCCUUUCUUGCUGCCUUGUUCGGAAACUCCACGCCUAGCAGUUGGAACUACCCUCUUGGGUUUUGGUGGUGGUCAACAACAACGUGGAACAAUCGGGGACGUGAAAACGAUUGCAGUCACAAAGAAACAGGCGUUUGGGCAAAUGUAUUUGGAGGGUGACGUUGGGAUUUCAUCGACCAAUGAUGACGGGAAAACUCGCCUGACACAUCUUGGGGACUGCGGCACCAUCUUGGUUGACAAACGUGGGCAUGGACUUGUCAUGCACCAUGUAUUGGAAGAAACAACAAAGAUCACUUCGGGAGGCGAACGUCGUGGAACAACUUGGGAAUCCUUUGGAGUUCCUCUCGAAAAGAUUUUUGCGUCGCACUCUCUCCUGGGAGGCAAAGAUGACGGAGUUUCCACCUCCCAAAUUCAUGAAAGCAGCGCUGUAGGCCUCCGGAGCGAAUCAGAGCAUGACAGCGAGAUUGUUCAGGUUGAGCGCAAACAAUCCUAUGACAUUCUAUACUGUCCACGUGUCGAGUUCGAAGAAGAAAAACACAGAACCUAUGACAUUGCACCUACUUCAUUAAAGAUUGUGUUGGAGGAUUGA